CCACCGCAAACGUUGCCUUCAGCCUCCAUUCCCCUUUUUCUCUCUGCUCUUUCUUCAACUGCUGCACGGCAGCUCAGUUCCCGGCAGAGGCGAUGGGUGCGCCGGCUAUUCUACCAGAUCUUGGCACCGAGAUCCUGAUUCCGGUGUGCGCCGUCGUCGGCAUAGCCUUCGCGCUCAUCCAGUGGAUCAUUGUGUCCAAGGUUAAGAUGUCGCCGGAGAAGUCCGCUUCAGGCUCUGACGGGAAGAACGGAUUUGCUGAUUCGCUAAUUGAGGAGGAGGAAGGCAUCAAUGACCACAGCGUCGUUCACAAGUGCGCCGAAAUCCAAAGCGCCAUCUCAGAAGGUGCAACUUCUUUCCUAUUCACUGAAUACCAAUAUGUUGGUAUUUUCAUGGUUGCUUUUGCUGUUUUGAUCUUUGUCUUCCUCGGCUCGGUUGAAGGCUUUAGCACAAAGAGUCAGGCGUGCACCUAUGAUGAUACCAAAUUGUGCAAGCCUGCUCUUGCUACUGCUGUCUUUAGCACCAUAUCCUUUGUUUUAGGUGCUGUUACUUCCGUGGUUUCUGGUUUUCUUGGAAUGAAAAUAGCUACUUAUGCAAAUGCGAGAACAACCUUGGAAGCUAGAAAGGGUGUUGGAAAGGCUUUCAUUACUGCAUUUAGAUCUGGUGCAGUGAUGGGCUUCCUUCUUGCUGCUAAUGGUCUUUUGGUACUGUAUAUUACCAUCAAUCUCUUCAAGUUGUAUUAUGGUGAUGACUGGGAAGGCUUGUUUGAGUCCAUAACUGGUUAUGGUCUCGGUGGAUCUUCAAUGGCCCUCUUUGGCAGAGUUGGUGGAGGUAUAUAUACAAAAGCUGCAGAUGUUGGCGCUGAUCUUGUGGGGAAGGUGGAGCGGAAUAUUCCGGAGGAUGAUCCCAGAAAUCCAGCAGUUAUUGCGGACAAUGUUGGCGAUAAUGUUGGUGAUAUUGCUGGUAUGGGGUCAGACUUGUUCGGCUCAUAUGCAGAGUCAUCAUGUGCAGCCCUUGUUGUUGCUUCAAUUUCUUCCUUUGGGAUCAACCAUGAGUUUACACCUAUGCUCUAUCCUCUUCUUGUCAGUUCUGUAGGAAUCCUUGUUUGUUUGCUCACCACUCUAUUUGCAACUGAUUUCUUUGAAGUCAAGGCUGUAAAAGAAAUUGAGCCAGCAUUGAAGAACCAACUUAUUAUCUCCACUGCCCUGAUGACCGUUGGAAUUGCUAUUGUUACCUGGAUUGCACUUCCAUCUUCCUUCACCAUUUUCAACUUUGGAUCUCAGAAGGAGGUACAGAGCUGGCAAUUGUUCUUGUGUGUUUGUGUUGGAUUGUGGGCUGGGCUUAUUAUUGGUUUUGUGACAGAGUACUACACAAGCAAUGCUUACAGUCCCGUUCAAGAUGUUGCAGAUUCUUGCCGCACUGGAGCUGCUACAAAUGUUAUUUUUGGCCUUGCAUUGGGUUACAAAUCGGUUAUUAUUCCAAUCUUUGCCAUCGCCAUCAGCAUCUUUGUUAGUUUCAGCUUUGCUGCAAUGUAUGGCAUAGCAGUUGCUGCUCUUGGAAUGUUGAGCACCAUAGCUACUGGUUUGGCCAUUGAUGCGUAUGGUCCCAUCAGUGACAAUGCUGGAGGGAUUGCAGAGAUGGCUGGCAUGAGCCAUAGGAUCCGUGAGAGAACCGAUGCCCUUGAUGCUGCAGGAAACACCACUGCAGCAAUUGGGAAGGGAUUUGCAAUUGGAUCUGCUGCUCUUGUGUCCCUAGCACUGUUUGGUGCAUUUGUGAGCCGAGCUGAAAUUUCGACAGUGGACGUCCUCACACCAAAAGUGUUUAUCGGGUUGCUGGUUGGUGCAAUGCUUCCAUAUUGGUUCUCUGCCAUGACAAUGAAGAGUGUAGGAAAAGCUGCUCUUAAGAUGGUUGAGGAAGUGCGCAGGCAAUUCAAUACCAUCCCUGGACUCAUGGAGGGCACUGCCAAGCCUGACUACACAAACUGUGUCAAGAUCUCCACCGAUGCCUCCAUCAAGGAGAUGAUUCCCCCCGGUGCUCUUGUCAUGCUCACUCCACUAAUUGUUGGGAUUUUCUUCGGUGUGGAAACGUUGUCCGGCGUUCUUGCUGGAUCUCUCGUCUCUGGUGUCCAGAUUGCAAUUUCUGCAUCCAACACCGGUGGUGCUUGGGAUAAUGCCAAGAAAUAUAUCGAGGCCGGAGCUUCAGAACAUGCGAGAACACUUGGUCCCAAGGGAUCUGAUCCGCACAAAGCUGCCGUGAUUGGCGACACAGUUGGCGAUCCUCUCAAGGACACAUCCGGGCCAUCGCUCAACAUUCUCAUCAAGCUCAUGGCUGUCGAAUCCCUCGUGUUUGCUCCCUUCUUUGCCACUCAUGGCGGUCUGCUCUUCAAGAUCUUCUAGAAGCGUGAACGAACGAUCUCAUCCUGUUCACUUCUCAUGCCAANUGAACUGUCUGUCAAGCACAUUUUGUUCUUUUUGUUGUUCAGUAUGGUGUUUAGAUGAAAUUUUGCUUGGAGUUUUGUAUGGUCGGUUUAUGGCGAUGAUGAUGAUAACGGCCUAUGGGCUAUGGACGACUUUUAAAGGGAUAUGUUGAGUUCUUGCCAUUCAAAAAAAUGUAUUGCCAACCAACCCCCUUAUGUUGAGUUCAUUACUGUUUUUAAUGAUAUGUUUUUAAAUUUGGAAUACAUUUUCCUUUGAAAU